CAGAGCACACAAAAUUCACAGAGUGAUCAGAUAAAAUUCUCUCCUAUUUCGUUCAUGUUCGCCGGUGUUUAUAUACACGGUGUUAGUAUCUAAACACGAUCACUGUUUUAUCCUGGGAGACAUACGCCUCACGUUGUUCCAAACACCAUCGGACGAGGCGAAUACGUCUUAAGGACAGCCACAUCUUUCCGGCGACUCAGUGCGUUCGUUCUGCUGCUCCAUUUCGAGCCAUUUACAACCUGAUCCAGUGCCAUCUUUCUUUCUCUGGUGUUUUUUGGCUACUGCAAUUCUUCUCAGCUUGGUUACCAUUUAUCAUUUGUUUCAUUUUACUUAUUACAGUAGCAAGUUUGUUGAUUGUUUUCAACAGAAUCAAUAUCUACUAUACUUGAUGCCAUUCGUAACAUGGUUAAGUGCAUUCAAAGGUCUCCUGUUCGAAAAAAGAAGUUCUUUGAUUUUGCAGAGAAAAAUUUUAAGAUGGAGACAAGGAAAAAAUUCCGACUUGAUAUGCCGGUGAGAUGGAACUCUACUUACUUUUUACUUGAUCAUGCAUUGUAUUAUAAAGACGUGUUUAUAUAUCUUAGCGAAAGGGACUCAGCUGUGAAAUCUCUUGUACCUUCAGGAGAUGAUUGGGUUAAAGUUGCGUAUGUUCACAAGUUUUUGAAAGUCUUUUAUGAUGUGACAAAUCUAUUUUCAGCUUCUAGACAUCCCACAUCAAAUUCAUAUGUGCAUGGAGUAUGGAAAAUCCAAUCAGCUCUAAAGGAUAUUGAAAAUGGUCCAGGUUAUUUCUUGACAGACACAGUUGCUCGCAUGCAGGCUAAAUUUAAUAAGUAUUGGAGUGACUAUAAUACGGUAUUAUGUUGUGCUACUCUUUUGGACCCUAGAUACAAAGUGACAUUCUUGAAGUAUUGUUUUGUUAAGAAUUAUGGGCAAGAAGGUGCUACAUCACGUGUUGAUAAAGUCACUGACACUUUGAAGUUGUGGUUUAAGGAGUAUAAUAAGCUGUCUGACUUUCAAGGUGAUGUUCUUAAUACAGGUUGUAACUUAUCUACCUCUAAUGAAUCUGAAUUAGACGAUUAAGAGAUGUUUGUCAAUGAAGAGAUGGCACAGACUGUAGGUUCUAAGAGUGAGUUAGAUUUAUAUUUGGAAGAACCAAUUAUUGCAAGGAAUGAUAAUUUGGACAUCUUAGACUAUUGGUUUAAGACAUCAGUCAGUUGGUGUUGCUGCAUUACUCUAUAUAUUGUACUCAUUUCUCAUAAUUACGGAAUCAAUAAAGAAAUAUCAAACCCCUAAUCUCCUUCUCUAUUCUCUCGGAGCUCGGAAACGCUCGAAGUUUUCCAUCUUUCUCUUCCUAUUCUUCUUGGAGCUCGAAGAACGCUCGAAGUUCUUCCUUAUCCGAUACAAGAUUCGUAUCAAUUGGUGCUUUCAUUGUUGAACUCACCAAAAAUAAAACCAAAAAAUAAAAAGUUGUCAUCACCGUUGAAGAGGAAUCCGAGCUCCAGCGACAAAGCCACAAAUUUGUCCCAUCGCCGCUGUAGGGGCACGAGAUUUGCGGCCGCCGUCUCCAUUGUUAUAUCUUUGAUUUGCGGGAGCAAAUCUACAAAAAAAGAGGGCGAGAGAAGAAGAUAUCCUACUCUUUCAGCUUUGGCUCGAGACAUUUUGACUAUUCCUGUUUCUACAGUGUCAUCUGAAUCUGCUUUUAGCAUUGGUGGAAAGAUAAUCACACCCACAAGAGCCUCACUUAAACCGAAAACAGUGCAAGCUUUGGUUUGCUUACGUGAUUGGAUGCUUGCAAUUUGUGAUGGUUAGUGCUUGGCCUU